GCAAAGGUCGGUCGCAGAGGCAGGGAAGGCCUAGCCCUGGACCGCAGACCGCCAGACCCUUCCGGCAGGUGACAGCCGCCAAGAUGGGGGCCGGGGCCCCUCUGUGGGCUCCUGUGCUGCUGCUCCUGGCACUGCCAGGCCAACCCCCGGGGGCAGCAGCCCAGAGCCAGGCCUGCUCAGUGGACAGGACCUUUGUCAGCAUCGAGGAGAACAGCAGCAUCACGAAGGCCCUGGUGAACAUCUCCGUCCCGGACGGCCAACACGUCACCCUGGGGCCUACAUCCACCGCCUCUGCCUUCCGGAUCCUGGAAAACCAGCUGUUCCUCAACGUGACCCCUGAUUACGAGGAGAACACCAUGCUGGAGGCUCACCUGGAGUGCAGGAGGGGCAGCACGGUGGUGACACAGCUAGUGGUGCUGGUGUCCGUGCUGGACGUCAAUGACAACGCCCCAGAGUUCCCCUUUACGAUGAAGGAGCAGAACGUGUUGGAGGACACCAAAGUGAACUCCAUAGUCAUCCCAGAGGAUGAACUGAAGGCCACCGACAAUGACACAGAGGAUGUCUUGUUCUACACCCUACAGGAAGUGACCCCUAAUGCCAAGAGCUUCUUCUCCCUGGUGAGCGUGAACCGCCCUGCCCUGAGGCUGGACCAGCCCCUGGACUUCUACAAGUGGCAGACCAUGACAUUCCAGCUGCUGGUCCGGGACACUCAGGGGGAGCUCGAGGUGCCCAGCCACACGGCCACGGCCACCCUGGUCCUGCAUGUGCUGCCUGCUGACCUGAGGCCCCCCUGGUUCCUGCCCUGUGCCUACUCAGAUGGCUAUGUCUGCAUCCAGGCCCAGUACCACGGGGCUGUCCCCACGGAACACACACUGCUGUCCCCCCUCAUCCUGCAUCCUGGGCCCAUCUAUGCUGUGGACGGGGACCGGGGCAUCGACGUGGGCAUCAUCUACAGCAUUGUGGGGGGGAACACAGACAACACUUUUGUCAUUGACAAAGACUCUGGCAACCUCACCAUGGCCAAGAGCAUCCCCAGCCCCACGACCUUCAUCUUGCUGAUCAGGGGGCAGCAGACUGACAUGGCCCGAUACUCGGUGACCCAGGCCACCGUGGAGGCCCGCUCUACCACUGGGAGACCACCUUACUUCCCCCAGAGCCUGUACCGCGGCAUCGUGGCACCUGGCUCCGGGGCUGGCGUGGCUGUCCGGGACGCAGCCUCCCCGUCUCAGCCUCUGAGGAUCCAGGCCCAGGACCCUGACUUCCUGGUACACAUCCUUCUCUGCCCCAGCAGAAACCCUGAGACCUGGGGCCUCAACUCGGCCAUCACAUAUCAAAUCACCAACUGCUCUGAGUUCCGGAUGGAUGGAGAGGCCGUGCUGACUACCACAGCACUGGAGCACGAGGGAGUCUUCUAUGCAGAAGUGGAGGCCACAAACACCGUGACCAACAACGCGGCCACUGUCGUUGCUGAGAUUUGGGUUUCAGAGCAGGGGCCUCCCGCCAUAGGACCCCCAGAGAUCCCCCCAUCCCCAGAGGCUGGAAGAACAUCCAAGCCCUCAACCGACACAGCCACAGAAGCCCCCAGGCCCCCCGGGACCUCUCAAGAACCCUCCGCGACCAGUCCUGGGGUGGCCACUGGCUCUCACCCAUCCUCAGGCACAUCUUUGAGGCCGGCCACCCCAACCACACCUGGGGGGUUACCCGGUGUGGAAGCCAGCACCACCCUUUGGCCAGUCACUCCUGGUGGGGUCUCAGCUCAGACCCCGAAGCCAGGGACCUCUCAGCCGAUGACCCCUGUGUCCAGCAGGAGCUCCUCAGCCUCAGGGACACCGGGAGGCGGCAGCACUGGCCAAGAUGGUGAACCGGGUGGCCCCGAGGAGCUGCGCUUCUCAGUGGUGGACAUGGCAGUCCUGGGAGGGGUGCUGGGCGCACUGCUGCUGCUGGCCCUCAUUGUCCUGGCCGUGCUCCUCUAUAAGCACUACUGGCACCCACUGUAUGGCUGCUCUGGGAAAGCUGCGCCCUGCAGCUUUGACAACCAGGCCUUCCUGGGUGAUCACGAGGCCACCAAGGCAUCCAUCCCCAGGCCCGAGCCGGGCUCCACACCUGUGGAGACACGACCUGCACCCCUGGAUCCUGAGCCCCUCGGCCCCACACCCCCUGAUCCUGAGCCCCUAGCCCCACAGCUCCCUGGCCCUGAGUUCCCCAUGGCUGCUAGAGCCGCUGGGGACAGCCCCUCAGCAGUGAGGUCCAUCUUGACCAAGGAGCGGCGGCCUGAAGGUGGCUACAAGGCCGUGUGGUUUGGCGAGGACAUUGGGGCAGAGGCUGACGUCGUGGUCCUCAACACCCCUGGGGCUGGCGAGGUUGGCGAUGGCGACUCCGAGGGCAGCAGUGAAGAGGACGGGGUCCUUGACAGGGAUCCCUGCGACGCACUGGGUGACUCCACCUACAUCUAGUGCCCCUCACACACCCCGCCCGCUGUCUUCUCCCCUGCUGUCUCCUUCUUGCAGAAUAAAGUGGCUAUUCCGA